ACCAAUUACUGGAAAAAACUGGGUCAGUUGAGUAAAAGGGGGAAAAGGAUAGGGGAGGAACAGAAAGCAGAUUAGGCAGAGAUGAUAGGAGGAGUUUAAGGACCGAACACAACGCUUUCCUCGAUUCUGUCUGUCUUAUUUCAUUCACAGUACAUCAUUUUGGGAUCCGUGAAUUUCUCGAGAGAUCAUCAACUAAGUCAAGUAAGUCACAGUUAAAACCAAACCCAGAUCCUCAAAUGAGCGUCGACACACGCUUCAGGACAAACGUCGAGAGAUAAUAACAGCGGGGGAACAAACAGCGGGUUGAUGCAUCUGCAGGAAGGGCCAUGUGCACCAGUGGUUUUUGUUCUCUGUGCUUGCCGGCUUUCAGAUAACCAGUGACCGUAACAUGAGGACCGGUGGAGAAUGAUACCUGAUCCUGAGGGUUGUUACAGAAAGCCAGAGAAAAUGAACGGGGCAUACGGAUACAUGAUCAUUUAUUUAGUGUCUGUGAUUAGUUUCUGCGGGGCAGAGGCUUUGAACAUCUCUGCAGUGGAUGGAAAUGGAAGAGAGAAUGAGACCGAGGCGGAUGGAGGUGGCUCGGUUCCCCUGGUGCUCACCAAAGUAAGCCAGAUCAUCGCCCGCGAGGGGAACUGUGCUUUAAUUGACUGUAAUAUCACCGGCGACCCUUUUCCAGACAUCCAGUGGUUCAACUCGCAUGGACACCUGCUUGAUACUGAGAAAAGUGAUGGUAAAUGGUGGAUUCUGGACAAUGGCGUCCUCAACAUCACCAGCAUCACGUUCUCAGACCGCGGCAAAUACACAUGCACGGCCUCCAAUGCGCACGGCAAGGCCAACUGCACAGUGACGCUGCGUGUGGUCUUCACCAACGGAGAUAUGGGUGUUUACUACAUGGUGGUGUGUCUGGUGACGUUUACCAUCAUCAUGAUUCUGAAUAUCACUCGCCUUUGCAUGAUGAGCAGCCAUCUGAAGAAAACUGAGAAGGCCAUCAACGAGUUCUUUCGCACGGAAGGCGCGGAAAAGCUCCAGAAGGCCUUCGAGAUUGCGAAGAGAAUUCCUAUCAUUACUUCAGCAAAAACGCUGGAGCUGGCGAAGGUCACGCAGUUCAAGACCAUGGAGUUUGCGCGCUACAUCGAGGAGUUAGCACGUAGCAUACCGCUGCCGCCACUGAUCAUGAACUGCCGCACCUUCAUGGAGGAGAUCCUCGAGGUCGUCGGCGUAGAGGAAAUGAGACACACUUUUGUCCGACAAGCACCUGAGAGUCACGGUGAUGGAGCUGCUGGCACUUCUGAUGAUGUUUUCACUAUCUUGCACGAAAGAGAGCGGGCGAGGGAGAGGGCGAGGGAGCGCAGCGAUUCUCCCGCCGUGGACUCGGACGACGCAUCGCUUCACGAGCAACCUCAACACAUAGCCAUUCAGGUUUCGGUUCAUCCGCAGUUAGCUGCUGCAGGAUGCUGUAGCGAGGAAGCUCCGCCUCUUUCUGAAAUAGUCUCCUCUGAGCCCCCAUUGGCUCAGGUGCCUCUGGAGGCGGAGUCUGAGGAGAAUGAAAACAAGGUGGAGUCUGUACAAGGAGGUGGUGCUGCACAGAAAACCCAAGUCAUUUAUGAAAGCCAUGUGUAAUAUCCUGAAGGAUAAUGACCUUGCUAUGCAUUUUCUUGGGGAACGAAAAGGUCAAGAUUUGUUUUUCGUCUCAGAAGUUGCUUUCUGUUAGUCAUCCUAGGAAAGAUUAAGAAAAGAUGCAUUUGUGUUCGGGAAAAUCUCGCAAAAAUAUAUAUAUAUUUUACCUAAAAAUUUAUUGGGGGGGAGAAAUUGUAUCUUGCUUAAAGAAAAUAAAUCCUAUUUUCCAGUUUCUGCACCGUGUUGUGAUAUUUUAAUGAAAUUAUCCCUCAAUUUUUCGAAGCUAUUGUAAUUCAUAAAAUGUUCUCAUUACUGUACAAUUUUAAAAAUUUAUUUUUCAAAUUUUAAACACUCAAUAUAUAUAUUAUACAUCUUGGUUAUAUUUGUGACGACUGAAUUUAAUUUAGGUUGAUUUUAGGGAUGUAACGGUUCACUGAACUCAAUUCAAUUCACAAUUUUGAUUUUAUGAUUUGAAUCUAUUUUUUUUUUAAAUACAAAAAGAGAUUUAAUAAAUUAAUAACAAAUAAUAAAUUAAAUGUCCAUUUAUUAUUGCUCGGACAAAAUCCUGCACAUUUCUUUGUGAAAUUGUAUAUCGUUGGUUUGGAUUGCUUCUAUGGUCCUCAUUUGUAAGUCGCUCUGGAUAGUGUCUGCUAAAUGACUAAAUGUAAAUUUAAUGUAAAUAAAACAUGAAAUAUUGAAAUUUUAAAACAAGCUCCAAGUCAAAUAACAAAAAAUAAAUUCUUGUAUUAAAAAAAAACAAAAUUAAGGCACUGUCUGUGCUCUUUCCAUUUAAAAUUAGAGGCAACCACUGCAUUUUAAUCAUGAUCCAAACAAAGAUGCUGCAUACACUUAACAUUAACAGUUUUUAAUAUAAAUUAGAUUGUAUAAUUUCGAAAAUUUAAGCAAAAACAAUGAUUUGACUUAAGUUUUGUUAAACUAUACAUUAAAUAUCUGCAUGAAACGUGUGUUUCCAUGGUUACCGCUGUAAACAAAGCACUUAUGAACACUGCAGCAAGUGGAGCUUAAAGCUUUUCCAUGGUUACCGAUGUAAACAAAGCAGUGCUGCACUUAUGAACUUUAAUGUGCAUUAUACAGAGGCAAGAUGAAAAAAAAAACCCUAAACUUUCCUAAAGACCGUACAUUCCCCUCAGAUAUACAUUCAUAUAAACUGCACCUAAAUGAAUCAAGAUUUGUUUAGCAUCUCAACUGAUUUGAAUCAUCACAUAUUUAAAUUGAUUUUCAACCAACUCGCGGUUAAUCGUUGCAUCCCUAUUUAAAUUAAAAUUGAACAGAAUAAUUGUUAGCACUUUUGCAAUUAUGUAAAAAAGUAUAAAUAUUUACAUUUACUGUGUAUUUACAUUAAUAUUUUCUUAUUGUUAUUUUGCUGUACAUUAGUGUGAUGUUGAAGGCAAAAUUUGCCUAAAAUACAAACACAAACCCCCAAAAUUAUUAAUAGUCCUAAAAAUUGUUAAUUUAUGCAAUUUUUCCCCUCCUUAAAUUUUGGUUUAAAAUAUAGCCUUGUCAUUUCUUUGUGAGAUUGACCUGUUUAAGUUAUGUUUCCCAUGACAAUGAAUACUCAUGCUGAAUGUAUUUUGGGUAAAGUUCACUAUUUAUUUAGAAAAUCCCAUGAUAUAUUUUUUUCCUCAUACUCUCUAGAAACCAGGGCUCUUGAGGGAUACAAAGCUCACAUCUUGCGUCUCAAUCAUCAGACAUAGGGUGGAUGUAGUUCAGGAUUAUCCAUUUCAGGAAUGAAUGAGAAUCAACACAUUUGGCUGAAGUGCAUUUUUUCAUUCCAUAGAAAUCCAACAUUUUAAAUAAGUUUUCUGAAGUGAUGUGCACAGUAAUUUCUCAAAUCUAGCUCCCUCUUAUAAUGCAUGAAGAAUGCAUGUCGAUCUGUCUUCAGUGCUGGACUCGGAGAGUGUUUGUGUGAUCUUGUCUGACUAUGUGUUAUUUAUCUUCUGUAUCAGGUAAACACGGUAAAUGAGAUUACGAGGCAUUUUAUUCAGUUGAGUUUCCACUGGAGUCUUAUACUGUUACUGUAAUGAUAGUAUUAUCACUUGACUAGAAGAACAGUAAAUAUUACUUUUGAUUUCCAAUGCACAGCUAGGUUUCUUUCUUUGAGUGUUUUUGUUUUAUUUCAACCUGUCUUUUUGAGAAUCCAACAGAGAGUUACGAUAAUAAUGUUUAAUCUCUUCUGAUGUCCGAAACACUGGACAUGCUUCGGUUUAAAAGGCUCACCUUUUAGUUUGUGCAAACAAGUUGGAAUUCUUCCGUGUUGAUCUUGCUUUUUUGGGCUCUUCCGGAGUCACCUAGCAGUUCUCUGCACCGCUGAUAGCUAGCUAAACCGGUUAAGCGCUCGUCAUUACAAAUGUUCCUGGUCAGGAUUGUGUGAGGAAGCGAUGGCCAUGGUGCUCUUCAAAUCGCUGUUUUAGAAGUAGUGAAAUAAAGCUGCUGUGUACCCAUGA